AAGACAGAAAGUCUAGCUUUCUAAUUGGGCGAACAACAUCAUCGAUUGAAUUUUUAUUAUGCAAUAAAAAGAUGAAAAAAUCGAAGCAACAAAACGAAGCAAAGUAAAGAAACUGAAAAACAGUGAAAACAAUCACACUGUAGUUCACGCGCCUUUGCACAACCAUUUCCAUCUUCGUCAAACCCAAACCCCAACUUCCUAACUUCCGCCACCGAUCCCGGAAGCAAUCACCACCGCGUUGAGGUGACUUCACUCUCCGGCAACCGGUAACUUCUCUCUCUCACAGACACACAAAAUCGCCGUGCACAACUUUUCUGUGGAUCUUAGUUUUCUGAUGUUCCUGUUGUUGGAUCCCAUUUCCUUCCAUUUUCGAAUCUACCGUACGAUUGAAAGCAAGCCUUUGAGCCUUUAAGUUUUUGGUUUAAAAUGGUUUCCUUUGAGAUGAAUGAUCGCAAGAAGAUUGGAUUGGGAUUAACAGGCUUUGGUAUAUUUUUCUCAUUCCUUGGCGUUAUAUUUUUCUUUGACAAGGGUUUGCUAGCAAUGGGAAAUAUCCUCUUUGUUUCUGGAGUAUCUCUGACCAUUGGACUGAAAUCCACCAUGCAAUUCUUCAUGAAACGUAGUAAUUUCAAGGGAACAGUUUCAUUUGGUGUAGGAUUCUUGAUUCUUAUAAUUGGAUGGCCUAUUUUGGGCAUGAUUGUGGAAUCUUACGGGUUCCUGGUGCUCUUCAGUGGCUUCUGGCCUACACUCUCUGUUUUCUUGCAGAAAAUUCCUGUUCUUGGUUGGAUUGUUCAACAGCCAUAUAUUCGAUCGUUGUUUGACCGCUAUAAAGGCAAACGAGUGCCCGUGUAACACCUGGAUCUAUGAAAACAUUAUGUAGCUGCUCGCGAACGCCUAUGUAAGUCCAUGUAAAGAAAUUACUUGAUACAGAGACCUAGCUCCAAAUCGCUUUCUCAUUUUGAUGGUAGAAAAUUGUCAUGAUAGUCCUCUUAAUCAAAAGAUGGAAAAGAAAAAGGUUUUGGUUUUCAUUUUGCAACUCAUUGCUUAGUCCCUUUUCAUCUCAUUCGGCAUCUAACAUUGAGUUGUCAGUUUUGCAAGUUCUCCCACAUUACUAUUCUAAUACCUUUGAAAAUGAUCUGUUCCUGGGAUGUAUCAUGGUGGCAUUUAUUUUCUAUAUGUCAAUGGUAUAUGGCAAUUUUAAACGAUUUAGCAAAUGGAGUUAGUGCAGCAAUAUGGGACUUUCUUUUUUAAAUCUUUUGAAAUGUCCUCUUCAGGUGUGAGUUGGAAUUGGCUGUGACAUUAAAUUCUUUGAAAUAUAUAUCGCCCUAUUGAUUCUUUUCUUAA